AUGUGCCACUUUCAGGUCUCCUCACACUGCUGGUGGGUUCCAUUUUGUCAUAGGGUGCUGGCAGAUUACGGGCCUCCCAUUGCUGCUGCCAGGCCCGUAAUCUGCCAUGGGCCCCUGUACCGCCUCCUCAUGCUGCUGCCAGGUCCAGAGUGUCUCAUGGGUCCCUGUACGGCCUCCCAUUGCUGCUGUCUCCAUCGCCACACUCUGCCAUGUGCCACUUUCAGGUCUCCUCACACUGCUGGUGGGUUCCAUUUUGUCAUAGGGUGCUGUAUGGCCUCCCAUUGCUGCUGCCUCCACCGCCACACUGUGGCUCCACACUCUGGUUUUGGCCCCGUGACUGCCCAAAUGAGUGAAGUGUGCGGUGAUUCUAAGAUCGACGGCACUCAUCUGCAUGUCAUACUG